GCUUAAACGGCAAACAGUUGAAUCAUUCGCCCCAUGGGAUUAAGAGAAGGCCCGUUGUGGCUCGUUGAUUUUUAUUGCGUGCACGUUUUGCCCGACAAUUUGAGUGAUAUUUCAUAAAAGUCAAGAUCAUGGAUGACGAGUGGGACGCGGAUAAUGUUGAGGCCAAAUUCGACCUCGCAAUGAGGUCCAAUAAAUGGGAAGGCGAAGAUGAAGAGGAAGACGUUAAGGAUAGUUGGGAAGAUGUAGAAGAGGAAAAAAAAGAUGUAGAAAAGGCUGCUGAGGUGCCAAAGGCUAAGGCCAAACCUAAAAAAACGUUGGCCGAUAAAAUCGAGGAGCGUGAGAAAAAGACGCGAGAAGAAGCAGAAAGAAAGGCGAAAGAAAAGGAAGAGGCACUGACACCUGAGGAAAGGAGAGCGGAAAUGCUGAGACGUCAGAGGCUUCAGGAAGAAGCGGAUCUUCGACUAGCCAUGGAAACAUUUGGUGUGACGCCAGAGGCUGCCGUAGGACUUGACUCUAUGACACCUGACACAAAAGAGGAGUUCGACCAGUUCAGUGAAGCACUUUUAAAGAAAAUAAACCAAUUCAACAAGCACGCUGAGUUUACCACGUUCGCCGAAGAGCUCAUUAAAAACAUUGCCGUGAAUUUGUCUUCGAUGAGUUUGAAGAAGGUCAAGACGACAGUUGAAAAUUUAGCUAUUGAAAAACAAAAGAUUGAAAAAGGGGAUAAGGGUAAGAAGAACAAGGGUAAAGGCAAAGCAAAACUACGAGUCGAGGGUGAUAAUUCACACCUAAAUGAAUAUGGCGAUUAUGGUUUUGAUGACGAAUUUAAUGACUUUAUGUAGCGCCGAGAUGUAAGUGAAAGUCCGUCACUAUUACAAAACAAUAAUCUUUGCACACAUGGAAACAGACAAAAAAUAGUUUUAUUACACAAAAUAUAAGAAAGUGACAGUCAAAAAAACUAAAAACAAACACCUCCAACAUUAAAAUACUAAUAUAUUACGAUUGUAAGGCAUUUAGGUCCAUGCCUGUUAUUAUACAGAUUGAAUAUUAUUAAUAAUUCACAUCGAAACCAUAGUUUGUUGUCAUUAUUUUUUUUUCAGUUCAGUGCCUAUUUCUAUUGAGCCAGUUUUGUGCAGAGUUUACACUGUCAAAUUUAAACGUCUACAUAAUUGGAUAACUUUGAUUAUUAGAAAUUGCUCUAAAUUAAUGAAAUGACAAUUUAAAACCCAGAGUUGAUUGUUACCACGCUACCUUAAUCCAAUUUCAAUUAAUAUUAAAACUAUUAGUUAUGUCUGUUUUCCUACCCGCAGUUCUUCAUGCAAUGCAAUAAUGAAUGUUGAUAAAUUUUUUAUAACUAAUAACCGCUACUUACAUUGUGCGUAUUGGUUGAUAAAUCAAAGUUGAUUUUAAAAAGAGUAUAUUACGUAAUAAAGGAUCACUGAAAUGCGAA